AUGAUGAUGAGGAGCAACUUUACACCAGGAAUUCGAGAUCUUGCGUCUCGUCUUACCGCAAUGAGAGCUCGCGGUAGCGGAAGCAGUUGUGAUGACAGUGCGGACGAUUCGACCACAGCGGCCGAGCCGCCGUCCCUCUAUGCUCUCAUGGAAGAGACAGUGUCGAUCGAUGAGCGUCCCUUCUUGUUGUCUCAACGACGACUGCAUCAGCAAACUGUACGAUUGGAUCAAAAAUCCAUUCGGGUGGGACAGUUGCUGCGGGAAAACGGGGACUUUGCACAGACGUAUGAAGUGGCAUCCUGUGCUCGGUUGGCCAUUGGUACUACAAGUACGGACUACUUUGGGAACAACAACGAUAUGAGCUGCAGUGAGCACGAACCCAUGGGAUCUCAAAGCGAACGACUCGACUCUAGCCGCAGAAUCUCUCUGGGAGAUCGAUUCCGUCGACGUCGUGUCAGCAACGCCGAAUGCAGUGAAUGGGGAGGUGACGACUCGUUUUCUUGUCGUAACAACAACUUGGCGUCGUGUCGAUACACAAUCAAGCGUCUUCGACGACGAGAGGAAGAAGACUACACUACUAGUAGUAGUAGCCAGCAAGAUCCAUUCUGGGCCUCACGAAAGCUCUUGGUGGAAGCGCUCUACUUGUCCGUGUUGGAUCAUCCUGGUAUUCUCAAACUUCAGGCAUUUUCCAAUCCUACCAGUACUUGCGACCAGAUCUUUGUCGUCACGGAUCGAAUUGAGGAAACUCUGGAAGACCGCAUGUUGCUAUGGCGACGUCUUCGGCGAGAACGAGAAGAGGCAGAGGACAAACACUAUCGCAAGGAGAAAAAGCGCAUGGAGCGAAUCAACAACCAACGAACCAGACGACGCAGUUGUGACACGCCCAAGCAACAACGCAAACGACAGGAAAAUGUAUUCCUGCUGGAAACUCCCACUCCGUUCCAACAAGAAGUCAAAUCGCUGUACCCGGAGGAUCUCGUGGCACUCAAAACCAACUAUGCCUUGCAGAUUGCGGAAGCGCUAGAGUAUCUUCAUGCCCGUGGAAUUGUCGUUUGUGACCUUCGUCCGGACACGAUUGGAUUCAAGGGAUAUCCGCAUCAUCACACGGUGCAAAUCAUGGACUUGUCUUCUGCCAAGGAACUUCCCAUGGAUGCCGGUACAGAAGCGACACCAUCCUUGCCCGCCACGGAAAUCCCGCAAAGUAUCGAAACUGUGCCAGACCUCACAGACUCCAGUAACUCCAUGGACGAUUCCAGUUGGAUGGGCUACAGUGCUUGGAGUACCGUCUACACGGCAAUGCCUUUCAAACGCAAUCUGACUCCACCAGCACCGUUCAGGCGCAAUCUGACUCCGCCAGCACCGUCGCGGCCCCGACUAUCGCUCUCGCCCUUGCCCGCCACCGACAACUCUUCCGGCACAUCCGCCAGUUCCCUCAAUUCCUCCUCCACUUGGUCUGUGUUGGAUACAGAUGGCAACUCAAGCCACACGGGUGCAAACUUUCAACGCCGACGAAAGGGAAACAACAUCACGGGAAUCUCACCCUCCUUCAAAACCCGGAGAUGUUACCGCGCUCCCGAACUUUACGUGGAUGUCAACGAUCCUGCUGCCAGCAAUCGGUUCAACCAUAAGGUUGAUUCAUACAGCCUUGCAAUGAUCUUUUAUGAAUUGCUCGCGGAUCGUCGACCCUUCCCACCCAAUGCAGCCAUGACCGACCAGGAUCACCUGCAACGCGUUCGCGGGCAACAGUUGCGCCCUUCCUUGCGCCAAUGCUACUUUCCAUUGACCAUUCAGGAAAUCCUGCAACAGGCUUGGUUGCCUGCUAUUUCACGGCGGUGGGAUGCCUCGCAGAUUGUCAAGAGUUUGACGCGCGUCUUGCCAGUAUUGGAAGGACAGGGAUUGCACACCAGCAAGAAGAAUGGCGCUCGCAUCACAAACACCCGUAGGAGACACAGUACCACAACAAACACUGCCACGGAACCCUUGACACUUCCGCAACGGGCUGCCAAGGUACUGCAUUCCAAAGGCGCCAAGGGAUGGGAACAGGUGCGCAAGACAGGACCUGUAAGGAGCAGUUAG